AUGUCUGCUGACAAAGGCCUCAGGCCGACCUCUCCUGUCCAUGUCCAUGUAGACGAUGAUGUCCCAGUUCAUGUCCAUGUUAAGCAAAAGGGGAAAGCGAAAACUAGAAAGGUGCCAUCAGUAGGAGGGCCAGUGAGGUCAGCCUUGUCAAAAAAGAGUGCUGGCACUGCUAGAAGCAAAAGUCCUGGGGGAGCAUGGGUACCACCACCUGGCAAGGCUACUAAAGGGUCAAAGGUUAGUUGGCAGGGCCCCACUCAUCGGCUAGAGAUCAGCAAUCCUCGUGAGAGUCUUCGUAUGAGUGACCUGGACACAGAUGAGGAGGAACAGGUUCAUGGACAAAUGAGGAACUAUGAGAAGAAGAUAGAGGGUCUCAUGUCAGAGGUGGGGACUCUGAAGAAUGAGGCUGAACUACAAAGAACACUAAAAGAGAUGGUGCACAAGGAUGACUUACUAGAUGCCUCACGACAAGUGAUGAGGGAACAGGAACGAGAGUUGGAUGAAUAUAAAGACGAACUUGACAUCACGGAGCAUGAGAAUCGUAUCCUUCGACGGAGCAUGGAAAACCUCAAUGAAGAGGCUGUUUUUUCAAGACAUGAAGCAGUAAUGGCAACAGGUGAAAGGGAAAAAUUGAUGAAGAAACUCAUUGAGGUAGAAAUGGAUGGUCAGUCAGCAGUAAAACAUAUAGGAGAAUUAAGGGAUGUGAUACGCAGACUAAAAGAGGAAAAUAAACUUUCUCACGGUGAUAGUGUACGGUAUGGGAAACAGAAGGAUAUACUGUUGGAAAAACUGGCUGAUUUUGAGGCAACAAACCGUACAUUAAGAAGAUUGUUGAGGGAACAGCAUCACGCAGAGGCUGCUGCUCUGAGAUUGGGGGAACAAAGAGAUGAUUUGGUGAUAAAACUCUCUGAUUCAGAGAGACAAAAUGAGCGGCUACGUAUAGAACUAAUGGAUCGUGAUCGUCUCAUUGGUGAUAUGAGAGCUAAUAUCACAGCACAAAAGGAGGAGAAUAUAGCUCUUACUGGACUUCAGUCUACUCUAGAAAGUACCCGAGCACAUUUACAAAAACAGCUGAGAACCAAAGAGGCUGACUGCAAUCGAAUGGCAGUGCAAAUCAGGACACUCGAUGGAUCAAAGGCCCAGGAUAAGAUAGAAAUAGAACAUUUGACUGAGCUCCUGGCCAAUGCCAAGGAGAAGGCAGACCGUGACAAGGAGGCCCUGAAAAAGGCCACAAGAGUACAGAAGCAGAGAGCAAUGCGAAGUGAGGAUGCUCUCGAACAGCUUAAUACUCAAUUGAUGGAGCGUGAGUCGCAGCUCGAGGAUUUGCGAACUCAGCUCGACCAGAUGGGUCCAAGAUACGAUAAACUUUCUAAGGAGAAAUCCCAGAUUCUGGCAGAAAAUUCUGCUUUAUCCACGAGACUUGGGGAGCUAGAGACCCUGAUGGACCGUGUAGAGAACAAUACAAAGAUCCACCAGGAAAACACGACAGCUGAGCUACAGGACAAACAGGGCCAAGUGUCCGCUCUCAAGAUAGAGAAUGAACGCCUCAAGACCUCUAUAACUACAAUAGAGGAAAAGUUCCGUGCAGCAGAUGAAGAGCUGGUUCAACUGCGUGGUAAUCUGAAACAUUACGAAAACCUGGUGGAUGAGUAUAAAACUCAGGUGAAGGCCAGACUCCAUAACCGUCUACAGGAACUGGAGCCACUUCCAGACAUGCUCAAAUCUACAGAACUUAAACUCCAUGAUGCAAAUGAACGGAUCAUCAUGUAUGAACGGAAAAACACUGAAAACACCAAACUCAUCACAGAGUUAACUGCCAAGUCUGAGCUUACUACAGACAAGGUGGAGCAUGUCUCAGACUCGCUGGAACAGAUGCGGUCUAAAUGUCAUGAUAUGCAGGAUGACAAUCGACUCCUUCAAGGAAAAGUUGAGACCUUGGAAAGGAAGCUGCAUGAUGCAGAAGACCACUGUCGAGAAAUGAUGACUGCUGUAGCUAAAGCAGAGGAGGCUGCUCAUCAACAAAAUUUACGCCUCGAAGAGAAGACUCGGGAGAAUGCCAGUCUGACCCGACAAUUGGAGAAUGCUUUGUCAGACAUCAGACGUCAAAAUGAUCAGAGUAGAGACAAGGCUUCACAGAAGGAGCGUACAUACCAAACAAGAAUUACUGACCUGGAAUCACAGAUUAGUCAGUGUAGAGCAGAAAUUGCUCGACUAAAACGAGAAAAAGAAGAGAAUGAGAGAAAGUUUAACUCAAGAUUAUAUGACCUCAAAGAUCGGCUGGAGCAAAGUCAUAGUACUAACCGUAGUAUGCAAAAUUAUGUACAGUUUCUGAAAAAUUCCUAUGCCAACGUAUUUGGAGAGAGCUCUAUAUCAUAUCCAUCAACACCUGUUGGACCAGGACUUCCAUGAAAUAGACUUUAUAUCUAGGGAAAGAUGUAUUAUUAGUCAGUGAAAGCAUUAUAUAUAAUUGCAGUUAAAAACCGUUAAUUUAGAUUAGUUGAACACAAAAACAACAAUUUGAAAUGGUUUGGUUUCUUUUUCAUAACAUUUGUAUUGAUUUGAAAGUUGCCUAAAUGUGUAAUGUUUGGUCCAAGGGAAAGGUAUGUCCCCUGUCUCGUUUACCUUUUGGAGUUUUUAGCGUUCUUAUGGAAAGUGCAUGUGUAACUGGAAAUUAAACCAAAUCCGAUCUUUUAACAUUGAAAAAAAACAUGAAAUAUUCUGAAGAUAAGUACAAUCUGUAUCGAAACGUUCCCAAAUAUGAAAAAUGGUGGAGAGUGUAUAGAUGUGAGUGCUAAGCUGACAAGCCAAGGAGCUUUCAGGAAGCUUUUUUAAUAGUCCGUCCAUUUAUAAGUACCUCUAAACAGAAUAUCGGAUUUGCCUUCUUCAAGGUGUAAUAUCUGUAUAGAUCUGAGAUAUGAUGUUAUGGCAUAGAUUGUCCAAUCAUUAACAAUUGCCUUGAUAUGGAAUAAUGCACUUUUCCAUGUAGUUAAGGUAAAUAUUAUUUAUACAGUAUUUUAUAUAACGGUAGAUAAUGUGAGAGUAAUUUAAAGUAAGAUGUGAUAGAAGAAUUCAAAGACAAACUACAGCACCUUAGUUUAUAAUAUAAUUUGCUACAUUUCAUCAAGAUUAUCAAGUCCAUUGCUCCUCUUGCCUUUGGAAGAACACAAGAAAUACAUUAAAAUCACUUUUUAUUUAUGCAAGUGGUGUGUUUAAAAAAAUUCCUGAUUCAUUUAUAACUAUCAGAUAUUUUUGUUGCCAUUUCUGAAAGUGUUUUUCCAUUGUUUUGCAUAACAAUGUAUUAUGGUCAGUUUCAAAACUAAAUUCUUUCAUAUUCCUUCAAACAUGGAAAAUAUUGUAAAAUCAUUUUGCGAUAAACAAUUUGAGAUAGUGUUAAAGUUAAUUUUUAGAUGAACAAAUUGAUACAGAUCUGAAAGGAGGCAUUUGUGAACUGGAAUUGUUUAUUAGGAAUGAAGUAAUUAAUUGAAGUCAUUCCCGUUGACUGUGAUAUUUUCUUUGAAUUCCAUUUCUUGUACAUAAUCACGGUAUGAUUUUAUUAUUUUUAUGUAUAUAUUUUUAUUAUCAUGGAAUUUUGAAUCUAUGGUAGUCAUAACAUGCAACAUUCUAGUAAUUUUAUCAUGAGAAGAAUAUCUUUGGUAGGUUUUCAAGGAAACGUGUUGAAUUUCAGUAGUUUUUGGACUGAGGUAGUAUAGGAGGUAAAGAAAAGCUCUUUGUAAAGUGAUUGCUUUGAAACUGAUAGAACUAAAACAUAUAAUUGUCAGCUCAUCUUAUUCUAGUAUUGGUGAUUUUGACCUAAAUUCUUUAGUUCAUCUGAGCUCACAAUGAUAUUUUGUAAAAUUGCUGCUUCUGUCAUUUACAGAAGUUUUCAAAACUUUCAUUUGGAUAAUUUGAAUAGACUUGCUGUGACAAGCUAUUUAUCUACUUUUCUGUGUUGAUAAUGAAGUUCAUGUUGCUGGUGAGUAGAAUGAGUUCAUUACUAUAUAAGUAUGUAUUAUGUACUGAUUACAACUUUUAGAUGAUAGAAGCAUCAGUCUACAUGUGCCAGCUUCAAUAAACACAUUUUUACAAUAGUUUUUUUAUUAAGAUAUUUUUAAAAGAGAGGAUUAGGAGUAGGAAUGAGAUUUCUCCUAACACCAGAAAAAUUAUUUUGAUAUAACUUACCAUACACUGAUAUUGGUAUGUCAUGCUGAUUUCUUUUUCUUUUAUUUCCCCAUUUUUUCUAAGAAUCUCACUUUUGAAUCUGUGUAUGAACAUCUACAACAAUGUUCAGCCUUCCUCUAACCAACAGCAACAUUUGAAAAAGAAAGAGUUAAAAAGUUGUAAAACUCACAGAAGAUAGGUGGGAAAAUGUCAUGCAUCCUUACCAUAAUACUGCUGCUCAAAUUCCAUGGUGCUUUUGGUUCAAAAUGACCUCAAGAUUUAUUGCUAGACUGACCAAGUAAAAACGGAAAUUUGAGAUAAGAUCUAGAAUCGCUAGUGUAUUUACUACGGGGUCAAAGGUCAUUUUCAUCCUAAAUUUACAGCAUAUUUAACAGCAUUGUUUCACCUACAAUCAUUUACAUAGUAAUAAGAAGGAUAAAGUUUAAUUUUGAAAAACAUAGAAAUUGUAUAUCUACAAAUUUGUGUACCAUUUUGUAAUGUAAUACAGCAAUAAAACUGUAUGAACAUAA